GGCAGUAGUAAAUCACAGUCUAUGCCAAAUAAACCUUCUGACACAAACACAGGGAAACGCUUUGGCUUUGGUGGUUUGACUGAGGCACCCUCACCACAAUCUGCCUCUUCUGUUUCUGGAAAGGUUUUAGGUUUUGGAUCUUCCAUCUUCAGCUCGGCUUCUAAUCUGAUCUCAUCAGCUGUUAAUGAUGAGCCCUCCAAGACACCACCAAGUUCUCGUAAGGGUUCCACAGUUUCCCAGACAGCUAUCAAAUCAGCCACAACACCCUCUUCCCGUAAAGGUUCAACAGUAUCCCAAGCUUCUCUUAAAACACCACCGACUUCUCGCAAGGGUUCAGCUGCUUCCCAGACCUCCUUAAAGACUUCUAUUGGAGACACUAAACCAUCUGAUUUAGAAAAGCAAGAUGAACAUGAAACAGAUGACAAGUCAAAGUACAAGCAAGAUGGAGCCUCUUCAGAUACUGCCAAACCACCUGAUUUAGAAAAACACAUUGACAAGACACCAGAUGACAAGUCAGAAAUCAAAUUAUCAGCUCCUUUACAAGCAGCCUCUAAAUUGGAACAGUCUAGUUGUCCUAUCUGCAAAGUGAAGCUAAAUGUGGCCACUGAAGAGCUGCCGAAUUUCAACACUUGCACUAAAUGUAACAACAAUAUAUGCAAUCAGUGUGGAUUUGAUCCCAUGCCAAAUCAGACAAAGGUAAAACAAUGGCUUUGCAUGAACUGCCAGAAGCAGAGCUCAGAAGGAGGAACAGAAACAACAGGAAGUUCCAUAUUAAAGGCUCAACCAACAUUGCCCAAAAAGGACCAACAGUCAGUAACUUCAGAGCACAAAUUAGCUGAAACAUUGACUGUCUGUGUAGAUGGAAAGACUUCAUCUAUCCCAGAAGCAGCAAAAAAAGAUAAUCAAAAGCCAAGCUUGAAUGAAAAGGUACCCCCUUCAAAUAAAGAGCUGUUUCAACAGAAGGCACAAGAAGUGAAAGAUGAAAAGUCAGAGAAGCAGAUGAAAAGAGGUCCUGAGUCACCAGCCAGAUCCAUUCCACCCCCACAGGCCGAGGUUCCAAAACAGCAAUCAAGCUUCUUUGGAUUUGGCAUCAGUACUGGUAAGUCUCAGCCUACAUCUUCUAAGUCCUCUGAAUCGACAACUGGGAAGCUUUUCGGAUUUGCUGCAUUGACUGAGACAGCCAGAUCACGAUCACCAUCACCACAAUCUAUGACUAAUGCAUCUGGAAAGUUUUUAGGAUUUGGAUCAACCAUGUUUAGUUCUGCCUCCAAUUUGAUUUCGUCAGCUCUUCAGGAUGAGUCAUCUCCACCAGCCUCUCGUAAAGGCUCUACAGUAUCCCAAUCAUCUACACCACCUACUUCUCGCAAAGGUUCUAUAGUUUCUACUGCAGAGCCUAAAGCUUCCAUUUCAAAGAAAUUAGAUGACAAACCAUUGGAAAAGAAGAUAGAAGAACCCAAUGUAACCAAAGACAAGUCACCUGUUAGUAAAAAGCAGGAAGCUAUGCCUGAGUCUGUGGAAGUGACCGUACUGCCUAAAUCUCCUUCCAAAGCAAGCCAACCAACCUGUCCACUUUGCAAGGUGGAGCUUAAUGUUGGAUCAAAAGAACAUCCCAACUACAAUACAUGCACAGAGUGUAAAGAUAUGGUGUGUAACCUCUGUGGAUUUAACCCCAUGCCUCAUAUUGCUGAGGGAGAGUGGCUAUGUUUGAACUGCCAGACUCAGAGAGCCCUAUCUGGUAACCUGGGAGACAUGGGACAAAUUGCUAGACCAUUAAGUACAUCUGUAACUGAAUCAGCAGCUUUACCCAACAAGCAAACAAGCAAAAUAUCAGAUGAUGUUCAGGGCAUUGAAACCCCUGAGUAUACUGUCCUUAAACCUACAGGUGAAGAAAAAAUAGCGGUUUCAAAUGUCCAGCCUGUGGAAUCUGUUGCUGCUGCCCCGGCUUCUAUACAGACUACAGAUAAUACAUCUAUUAAAGCUGCUGAUAAAACAGAUGAGUGGAAACCUGUACCUCAAGAAUCUACAGUAAGACAAGAGAAACUGACUACGGAAAUCGCUCAUACAGCUGAGAUGCUACAAAUACAAUCAGAAAUACCACCUACUGAAGCUGUCUUCACAACAAUUAAAUUAAAAAGUGAAAUUGUACAACAAAUGGUCAGUACAAAAGAUGAACCAACACAGGCUGUAGACUCUCCAAACAUAAUAAAGCCUCCUACUGUUGAAGCAUCAAUUGAAUUUAAGGAGACUUUGGAACUAACAUCUAUGGCAGCAAAACUUGAAGAAGAUUCUGCAUUUCAAGAUAAACUUAUUUAUAAUGAAGAUCCACUAAUUCAGUUAAAGAUUACUACACCCAGUGAACCAGAAAACAUAGCAGUAUCAGUAUCAGAGGCAGAGGAUAAAACAGAUAAAUUGGAAGUUAAUCAAAAAGACCCACAUGGAUAUAAUUUAUUUCCAGUUUCACCUGAAUCAUACAGUUCAUCUGAGGAAGAGCUUAAAGAGAUUCAGACAGCUAGUAAAUCUCUUUUUAAGGAAACUGCAGAAGAACUGGCUCAUAUUGAAGAAAGAGUAUGUACAAAGCAUUAUUCUGAUUCUGGAGAGGAAGAGUGCAUACAGACACAGAUAAAGCAAACAAGUGCCGAUAAGCAUUUGUCACCAACUCAUCAUCAACCUCUUAUCACAAAACAGAUCAGAGGAAACAUUAGUGAUGCAGAUAAUGAAGGUACUGACCAUGAAGCUGAAGGGACCAUAAAUGUGCUUGAAGAAAGUGUGGAUAGUUGUCACUUGUCUCAAGAACAAGAAGGCCAAGUAAUGGAGGCCAGUUCUGUCUAUAAAACAGUUCUCCUGAAUGAUAAUGAAAGAGAAGAAAUCACAGACCCUAACAGCACAAGCAUCAUUUCUGUACAACAAAAUGUUCCUGUUAGUCAGAUUUCAGAAGACGACAGUAUAGCUGAAGAUAUAUCCAAAGAUGGUGGAUCAUCCAGUAUGCAAGGAUCUCACAUCACAUCAGGAACAACAUCACCUACAUCACUGUCCUCACUUGGUGAAGAAAGUGAUAGCAGUCUGUGUCUCAAGAAGGAGAAUUUAGAGGGCAAGCAGCAACGGAAAGUUAAGCAUAGGCAAGGUCAACCCCUUCAAACUAUAGCAGACUCUUCUGAAGAUGAAGAGAUCCUGGAAGAAGGAGAAAUUUUAGAACAGGAAAUACAGACUGAAACUGACCAUAAGCAGUUCAAAAAGUCUUACAAAAAGUCCAAUAGAGAAAAAGACAAAUCGCUUGAUCAUCCACCAGUUAAUCACUCUGAGAUAGAGUGCAUAUAUCAAACUGAUGAAUUAUUGCCGGUUUCAGAAAUAAAAACAUAUGAGACAUUUUCUUACUCAAACAUUUCACCAAGUACAGAGUCAGAACAAGAAAACGUUGUUAGCCACCAUCUGUUACUAAUGGAUGCAAUGCAAGAUGUUGGUGAGAAACAGUUAAAGAGUGCAGAUGAGGCAUAUGAAGAAAUGAUGCAGAGAGCCCAAGAACUCAAGGCUAUGACAAAGAAAAUCACUCCACCUGACAUUGAGCCACUGUAUGGAGGCAUGCUGAUAGAGGACUAUGUUUACGAGUCACUAGUGGAAGAACCAGCACAGGCUAUAGCAAUUGAUGAUAAUACUACUCUAGAUGAGUAUUUGACAAAUGUGUCUGUUCCAGAAACAAAACGAAAGCUUAGAACACCAGAGGAGGCCUAUGAGGAGAUGCGUAAAAACAGAGACCUCAUGCUAAAAGGCCAAACAAUCGAAAAUACACAGGUAAAAAAAUCAGUUCCUUACAGAAAUACCACUGUAACUGACACUUGUUAUGUGAAUAUAUCAGAAAACUAUGAGUUUACACAAAACCAAGAUGAAAAUUGGCAGUGGUAUGCUGAAACAGCAAAUGAUGAGCUGCUGAACAGGGAAAAAGACAUUAUGACACCAGGAACAAGUCCUUCACAAUCAACCCCUCUAUCACCAGUAUCUCCUUUGUCUUUAUCUGAGCCUUUAUACGAUUCCGCUGAAGUAAUACAAAUUCCCUCAAGUGGGGAAGAGGAUAAUGACAAGAAUGAAUUUGCACCUGAACCUAUUGAGUGUACUAUGGAGCCUUACAGACCUGAGGCAACACCUUCACAAGAUCAGCCUAUUAAAAAUGUUCUCUAUCCUAUUCCUGACUUAAAAAUUACUCAGUGUUCAUCUGGUGAAGAGGAGGCUGACGACGAAGAAGGUGUCAUGCAAGAAAAUCAAAAAGUAGUAAAUGGUAUUGCUCAGUGUGAUGACAGAUCCGAGGGAGAUUUUGAAUUUAUAGAAUCAGUGGAGGCACAGUCAAUAGAAUCUGACCCUACAUCUGUUGUGUCUGAAGUUCCACUAUCAAAAUCACCAUUUGAACAUGUGUCCUUUGCUUCUUGGGAUUCACAAUCAUCUCCUUUGUCUCCACCAAGUACGUCUUUAGAUUUAUCACUUUCAUCAUGCGUUAUAGAUCAGACUGCAGAGCAAGAUUCCAUUCCACCAAAAACAUGUAGUACUGAAAGUCCAAAAACUCUUGAAUCUGUUUCUGCACAAGUUAUAAUUUCAACGGCAGACUUAAAACCAGCACCUCAGGUGCAAUCUGCCUCUUUAAGUGGCAUUUCUAAUGAAGAAUUUGUAUGCUUUUCCCAAGUUACUGCAUCUGCUCAACAAACCAAAAAUGUCUCAACAGCUCCAAGUAUACCUGGGAUGCCUAACACUACUAAACCACCACUAGCUUCAAAGCCAACACUAGUUGUGUCCACAGAAGAAUCUGCUGUUUCAGAAUCAUCAGUGACUAUACAAGCUUUUAAACCACCUGAUGUUUUAAUUUCUAAAACACCACUAAAGUCAGAACAAUUUUUCACCUCAGAACAUACCACAGAUACCAUUAUUGUUACAAUAGAUGACGGCGUAUCACAGCCCAAUACAGUUUUACAGAUGACACCAACAAAUAUUGUUGAUAAUUCUACUAUUCUGUCAACAUCUACAGUAACUUCAAUGUCCACACAUGAGCAAAUUACAUUUCCAGUCUCAAGUAAAGUAAUGAGUCCCACCACAGUAUUAGCUACAGUUCCUUUAAUUUCAGAUUCCACAAUUGCACCAGAUUUUGUGUCACAAGCCCCAAUUUCAUGUGUUACUUCAAUUCCUUUUGUGCCUAAGAUUAUGUUUCCUACACCAGAGUGUCCAAUUCAAGUACCAUCUUUAGAUCCCACUCCAAGAUAUACUGGAAGAGAACAAGCACCUGCCAUUGUCCCAGAAGCUCUUCCAUGUAUUGUUGAAAUACCAGAGAUAAUGUCUUCAACUUCAAAGUAUCUAAUUCAUGGUACUGAUAUGACGUCAACUCUAGCACAAACUCCAGCUUUAACCAGUACCUCAAGCAUAUAUGAAGGGCAUGUUUAUGCCCCAACUGCAGUAUCAACAUGCUGCUUAACAGACACUCUAACUACAGUCCAGAGCAUAUCUUUUGCACCAUGUCUUCCUUCCUCAUUGGUGGAACCGAGCUAUAUUUGUUCAGAGUCAACAAAACCAAGUACUCAUCACCCACAUGUUUUACCUAAUGUUCCUUUUGCAGAUAACACAGCUAUGACUCCAGCUAUUAAAAUUCCUAUUACUUGUGUAGAUGAAGACAAAUCACUUGUGGAAGCAACAGCAGCCCAUGAUCUCCCUGUUGCAGGUUCACAAACCUGCCAGUCAGUAGAGCAAGCUGACACAAAGCUUAUUCCAUCCAUAAAUUCAGCUGUAGCUUUUGUAAAUUUGUCUUCUCAACCAACUAAAUCAAAAGUUAUGGACUCAAAGAUAAAGACACAAAGUUUUCAACUUGUUGAAGAUGAGUCUCAGAUUGUGACUCCUGGUAUGCAGCCAGUACAAGGUACUAAUUUUGUUGUGCCAAGUGUUGAAAAUAUAAUUAUGAUAAAAGAACAAAAGCAUGAUAUCAUUACUAACACAAUGGAAACUUCUUUUCAACAAGUUAGAGGUCUGCCUGUUGUAAGUGUAUCGCCUGUUAUCAGUUCAGAUGUUUCUCCUCUUGUGGGACUAAAAGUUAGCUUGCCUAGUGACUUAGCUUUUGUGUCACCUCAACAUGAACCUCAUGCCACUAUCUCAAAAGAAAGAGCAGAUAAGCCAGUCAUUGAAUUUCCACCACCACCUGCAGCUUCACCACCAGCCCUACUACCUGAUAGUUUACCUAAUACAGCUUUUAACCAACAGUCAGUGGUACCCAGUACUAUUGAAUCUGUCAAAAAUAUAGCCAGCCAAGUACCUAGGGCAUCAGAAAAACAAAUUGCAACCACCAUACACAAGUCACCUCCCCCAGUCCCACCAAAGCCAUUUACCCUACCAGGUGGCCUAGUGUUCAGUCAUAAAUCCAUAGAAAGCGUAAAGCCAUCAGUGAUUUCCAAAUCUGCUGUUGGCCAUGCUGCAACUUUACCAAGAACAAGAGAACCUCCCAAGGCCCUUACACUGUCCUUGACUGCCCCCACCGACAUCAAACACAGUAUUUCAUCUCCAAAAUCUCCCUUAUCACCUCGAUUUGCUAAAACUCUUGAGACAUAUGUAGUUAUAACAUUGCCAUCAGAACCAGGAUCACCAGUGGAAGGUAUUACAACUCAGGCUCCAAUACAUAGACAGUCUCUACCAACUUCUAAGCAGCAGGGCCUUGCUAUUGACUCAACAGUGUUUACUCCACCUGUGGUAUGUGCGCCAAUUACCAUGAUUUCACAACAUAGAGUGGAUACUCUACCAACAUUAGUAUCUGCCCCAGUUUUGACAACACCAUUUAUUCCUGGACAAAGUGGGGAUUUUGCCACAGAUGUUACAAAUAAGAAAGCAAUAACUAGUGCAUCUACUGUGAUUUCAGCAAUAGAUGUAACAGAUGUAACAGAUGCUCCAGCAAGUGCAAUUCCAGUACCACACUCAGUAGCAACAAGUAUUGCCUUUGUUCCUGGAAUAGAGAUAGAAAUACAACCAAUGAAAAAGGAAAUGUAUGAGCAAAAAGCUAUUUACUCAGUACCACCUGUGUGCACAACAAUAUAUUCUUCACCAACAGUAGUUUCCAUACCCACUGUAACAUCAACAGUUGCAGCUAAAAUUCCAGACGUGACUAUAGAACCAAAAAUAAAUUCUGUGCUUACAGUGAUCUCAGCACCCGUAACAAGUACAGUUACAGUACCAUAUUCACUUACACCAAGCCCUGCUUUUUUGCCUCAAACAGAGACAGAUCCAGCAGUACCAAUCAAAAAUGUAAUUUUUGAGGAAAAAUCAGUUUACUCAGAUGUAGUGAUUCCUGUAACAUCACCAGAUACAUUGCAUACAGUAUCAGUUGUCUCUGAAAUUCCAGCAAUGACCAUAGAACAUAAAACAAAUAAGGUUUUGAGCUCAGUUGCAGAAGUAUGUGCCACUUAUCCUUCAGGCCCACAAGCCAAUUCUCAGUCAGUGGUACCUAAAUCACUACUAAUACAAGAAAUGCCUGUUGAGUUGACAUCAGCAGCUUUUACAGUAGGCAUUACCUCGGCAUCUUCACGAGAUCCUUCGGUUUCACAUGAUGUCAUGCAAGGACAUGAGAGGCAAAUGAUUCAUCCAGGUUAUCCUGCUCCAAUAACAACAACAAAAUUGCAAUUAACCACAGAUAAUCUGGGAGUACAUCUAUUGGAAACUAAAGAAGAGGCAAAAUCAACAAAUGGACAACUGUCUGACCAGAUUCAACAGCACCAAGUAUUUUUUGAAUCAGAACAAAUGGUACCAUCGAUGUCUGCAUUAACAUAUAUACCAACUGCACCAGUAACAUUUUCUCAGUUCAAAAAAUCAGUUGAGAAUCAAGAAAUAAGAGGCACCGAUAAAGUCUUGUCUAUGAGCCAACUGUUCUCUACAGUUUCAGCAAAUGAACAACACCAAUUUGCAUUACCUAAUCUUUUGGCACAAGUUGUCACAACGGAAGUCCAAAGAACUACUACAGUAUCAGUGGUUCAAGAAAGAAUACCUCUAGAACCUAUUUCAGAUCCUAACUGCAGACAAGCAGCACCUAAACCAAGUGGAAAAACACAUUGCAUUGAUGAUGUUAUAGAUCUCACAACAUUAAACAAGGGAAUGGAUCUAACAGCCCCUGAGGCAAAUCUGCAGUCUUUCUUAAACGAAUCAAGCAGUCGACAGAUUACUGCUGUACAGCCAGAAAUUGUAAACCUAAGUGCUGAGAUAAUUCCUGCUACAACACUUUCUGUUGUGACAAACAGUAUCACUGUUGUUACCUGCACCUCAGCAUUCACAUGCAACAAGAACAUAACAAUUGACACACACCCCGAUUUACAAAGUGUUACUUCUAUGUCUUCGCCGCUUAAAACGUACAAACCAUUUGAACCCCUGGCACAAAUAGUUUACAGACCAGUGAAUUCACAACCAAAACCAACUACCAAUACAGAGAUUCCUAUUAACCUAUCGUGUGGGCUUGCUGAAACCACAGCACCUUCACCUUUAUCAGUUACAAUGGCCCCAAUAAUCUGCACACCUUCCACCGUACCUAUUCAUUUUGGGCCUUCUGCAGGUGGAGCUAUUGAUCUUACAAUAUCAAAGCCAAAGCGAACUAUGUUGGCUAUUACUGCAUCUACUGGGGUGGUUACAAGUGUGGUUGAAGAAGAUGUGGCACCUGUAGAUCUGACAGCAGGGAGGCGAACAGUGUGCUGUGACAUCCUCUAUAGACUUCCAUUCACAGGAAGCUGCAGAACACAGCCUCCAGUGACCACAGCAGAUAAAAAGGCUGGCUUAAUUAAUUAUGAUCAACAUCAUGUCACAACCCUUGGACUUGAGGAUCUUAGUAAUACAAAAACUUUAGGGUUUGGCAUUAAUGGUGAACAAACUGAUUUGGCCACAAAAAAUGGACUUCUCAGCCAAUAUGAUGCACCAAAUGGGGCAAUCGAUUUGACAUCAGCAAAAAUGCAAAGAGAUGAAGCUGUGGACUAUUCAAAGAAAGGCACAGGACCAUUUUCUGAGAUAAGCACCACUCACUCUCCCCAAGGAAUAUCCUCAAGAAAUGAUAUUUUAAAAUCACCAAAGGGAGUUGUGUACUCAUCUGUGGCUACACCUAUUUCAUCCUCAUUUGCAAUUACCACUCAGCCAGGAUCAAUAUUUAGUACAACAUGCGACAAUCAUACCACCAAAACUGAGCCAUUAACACAGAACAAGGCUUCACCCUAUGACAUAAUGAAUUCCACUGAAUGCAACCGGUCAAUAUAUUCAGAAACUGACCCAUCCAAGGAUAUAUUGCCCUCUGCCAUCACUAACCUGAUUCCCUCAAUAUCAGCCUUCCCAGAACUAUACUCUGAUGCUACUCUUGAGGUCAUUGCAGCCUCUCUGGAUGCUCUUGUUUCUCCAAAUUUUCCUACCUUUGAUGACAGCAAGAGUCAACAAUACCAAGCUGAACAUGAGUUUUUGCAAUUAGAGAAACUGAAGCAGCUCUGCUUAGCUGAGGAGCUUGAAUGGGAAAGACAGGAGAUACAACGUUAUCGUGAGCAAGAACAGUUCAUUGUUCAGAAGGAAUUAGAGGAACUCCAGAGCAUAAAACAACAGCUCCUAAUGCAGCAAGAACAGGAGCGCAAGGCUCAUUUCAUUCUUCAACAGGAGACCUUUGCUCAGCAGCAAAUACAGCUUGAGCAAAUCCAACUGCUACAGCAGCAACUACAGCAACAGCUACAAGAACAGAAAAUAUAUCCAUAUGGUUUUGAUGGCAUAUCACAAACCACUAGUUCAGGUAUUAUCCUGGAUUCCCAGUACUGCAGAGGAGAUAAUGGGCAGUACUGGCCAGUGAAGGAUGACAACAUUUUAUCAAAAGUCACUGUCUCAUCAGCUAGCCAAGACUGGCACAGAACUCCAUCAGGUAAUUUGUUGUAUCAUAGUCUGAACAUACCUAAAUCUGAAGAUGAUCUUAAAAAAACAGAGGGAAAAAAACAGGAUUCAGAAAAGCUUCCUGAAAUAAACAAGCAAGUACCUGGGCAAAAUGUAGGGUUAAGUAGUAAGAAAAUAAGUAGUAAUUUUGUUCAUACAGAUGACGAGGAAGUUUUAGAAAGGACCUACCCUGGAAGAAGAAGGAGAGGUAGGAAAAGUGUGGAUAGCUGUGUGCAAACUGAUGAUGAGGAUCAGGAAGAAUGGGAUGUCCCUGUCAGAAGCAGACGAAGGUCUCGUUCAAGCAGAUAUACAGAUGGAGAAAGGCCUAAAGGCUCCAAAGUAUCCAGCAUUGCAAUCCAAACUGUGGCUGAAAUCUCAGUUCAGACAGAUCAUUCUGGCACUCUAAAGAGGUCCCCAGUCCGAGCUCAAGUUGAUACUACAUUUGACCUGCACAGAGGAGGAGAAAUAGAGAGUGACUCAGAUUUUACAUCAGACAAAGAUAAGAAACAUUCAACUCCUAUCGAAGUUGGUGUCAACACUCAUCUAAAAGCAGAUGGAAUUAGCAUUUCUUCAGUACCAAAAUCUCCAAAGGUAUUGUACUCCCCAGUUUCUCCUGUGUCUCCUGGAAAAGGAAAUCAGAAGAUGUUAACAGCUGAACCACCAAGACACCCAAGUAGCCCAAGAUCACUAAAGGCCUCACAACGAUCUCUGUCAGAUCCCAAGUCUCUGAGUCCCACAACUGAUGACAGAAUCAUGUACCAGUACUCAGAUGCCUGUUCGAGCAAAGGUUCACAAAGCAGUACUCCAGUGGGCACCCACAAAAAAAUAAAGCGUACCCUUCCUCAUCCACCACCAGAUGAAGACACUGUUGUUGGACACUUGGGAUACAGUACUGGCUCAUCCCGAAGAAGAAUGUGUAGAAAUACUACCAUGGCUAGAGCAAAGAUUCUCCAAGAUAUUGACAAAGAGUUGGAUUUGGUCGAGAGAGAGUCUUCUAAACUCCGCAAGAAGCAAGCAGAACUGGAUGAGGAAGAGAAAGAGAUAGAUGCCAAACUAAGAUAUCUUGAAAUGGGAAUUAAUAGAAGGAAGGAGGCUUUAUUAAAAGAAAGAGAGAAGAGGGAGAGGGCAUAUUUACAGGGUGUGGCAGAGGAGCGUGACUAUAUGUCUGAUAGUGAGGUUAGUAACAACAGAGAGACACGGAGUAAUGCUCACAGACUUGAACGACCAAGGACUGCACCUCAGUCAGAAUUUAACCAGUUUAUUCCACCACAGACCGAAGCUGAUUCUCAAUAUGCACAACUUGCAUAUUCGCAUUACCAGUAUGCCUCACAGAGUGAUUCCCCAAGUCACUAUUCCCAGCAAACUUUGUACCAACAACCAUCACUUUAUCAUCAACAGGUGUCUCCCUAUCAGACCCAAUCGAUGUAUUCUUCAGUGCCCACACUUAGCCAGCAAUCACAACAAGCUGGUUUUGACCAUGCCUCCCAGCUACUUCUAAUGCAACAGAAAACCCGUCAAACUACUUUGUCUGACUUGGAGCCAAAGAUAACCACUAAUUAUGAGGUUAUACGGAAUCAGCCUCUCCUAAUUGCCCCCACAUCUACAGAGAGUGCCUAUGGGGUCUCACAUCUUGCAAAUAAAUAUAAUAACCUUGACCUGAGAAUUGGGCUUGAGGAAAGAGGAAGUAUGGCCAGCAGCCCUAUGUCCAGCAUUUCAGCAGAGUCCUUCUAUACUGACAUUGACCAUCACAAUGUUAGAAACUAUGUCAUGAUUGAUGACAUAGGUGAGCUCACUAAGGGUUCUAGAGGAUUGGGCCAAAGCUUUAAUGUCCCUGAUAAGGAUAUCAGCAAAACUGAUCGGCUACUUUGUGUUGCUGAUGUUCGUCGAACAACAGAUGUGACUGACUUCAUUGGGCCACUACAGUCCUCUUCAAGGUUACAUUCAUAUGGUAAGCCAGAGGAGGACUCAAUGGAGGAGCCAUAUGAGUUAAAGCUGCUAAAACAGCAAAUCAAACAAGAGUUCCGGAGGGGAGCAGACAGUCUGGAACAACUCACAGGUCUUCCUCACUACCUACACACUGAGAGUUUUAGACAUUUUCCUAAAUCUGAAAAAUAUAGUAUUGGAAGACUUACACUUGAAAAGCAAGCUGCAAAACAGCUUUCAGCCUCAGUCCUUUACCAGAAACAGUUAAAGAACAAAAGAACACUAAUUGAUCCUAAAAUUACAAAGUUUUCCCCUAUACAAGAGAGCCGGGACCUAGAACCUGAUUACAGCAGUUAUUUAUCUUCCACUGGCUCAGCAAUGGGAGGGCUGUCCAGCAGGGCACGGCUGCUUCAGGAUGAGAUCACGUUUGGCCUGAGGAAGAACCUAGCUGAGCAGCAGAAAUAUCUGGGCUCCACGCUUAGUUCCAACCUGUCUCACUCACUGAAUCUUGGUCACGCUCUCAACCUUGGCCCAAACUUGAGGUCAUCUGUCCAAGAGGAUGGCACUUAUCCUAGUGGCACACAGUCAAGACCUUCUUCCAGGCCUUCCUCUGUAUAUGGACUUGACUUAUCCAUCAAAAGAGACCUUUCCAGCUCUUCAAUUAGGUUAAAAUCGGAGGGUGAAGGCAUAGAGUCCCAAUUUGGAAUAGCAAGGGUAAAACCAACAAGUUUACCUAUUAGCCAAAGCAGAGGCAGAAUUCCCAUUGUGGCACAGAACUCAGAAGAAGAAAGCCCACUGAGCCCAGUUGGGCAACCCAUGGGUAUGGCAAGGGCAUCUGCAGGUCCACUUCCACCGAUCUCUGCUGAUUCUCGGGACCAGUUUGGUUCCAGUCACUCCUUGCCAGAGGUACAACAACAUAUGAGAGAAGAAUCACGAACUCGUGGCUAUGAUAGGGAUAUAGCCAUCAUUAUGGAUGACCUACAGGGAGCUAUGUCAGACAGUGAAGCAGGUUGUCCUAGCUGGAAAGUAGAAGCCUACCACCUGCAGUAUGAAGAGACUGACUGGUUUGAUAAACCACGUGAGGGACACAGUGGAUCAAAGCCAGGACAAGAUAAAAGACAGGUGAAAGCUAUGCAUUAUAAUUUCCCCUACACUCGCAUUAAACUACAGAGAGACCCUAAGGACUACAGUGUUUCGGGGGGUGGUUUUGGCAUACGUGUAGUGGGAGGGAAAGAGAUUCCAGGUACUAAUGGAGAGAUUGGGGCGUACAUUGCUAACCUGGCACCCGCAGGCACUGCUGAACUGUCAGGAAAGGUCAUAGAAGGAAUGCAGGUCCUAGAGUGGAAUGGAAUACCUCUGAUGGGAAAAACCUAUGAAGAAGUGCAGAGCAUUGUGGGUCACCAGAGUGGGGAGGUAGAGAUAUGUUUGCGCCUAGAUCUGAAUAUGCGCUCAGACUCAGACAGUCCCAGGUAUCUAGAGCUACAGUCUCAGCUAAAAGUUGCUGAGCAUCAGCGUUCUCCAGGUGUAGAUCCUAAGCAGCUGGCUGCAGAGCUGCAAAAGGUCUCUCAGCAACAGGCUCCUUCCUCUGUACUGACUGUGCUGGAUAAAGCAGGACAUCUACACUCAGCGACAGCAUCCACUGCCUCCAGUGGAGUUCCCAGCCCUGGACAGCCAGGAUCACCCUCUGUCAGCAAGAAACGACACAACAAGUCAGGUGAUGGGGUAAAACUACAACCACAUCCCAUUACUGGUGAAAUACAGCUACAAAUCAAUUAUGACAAGAGUAUGGGUAACUUGAUCGUCCACAUUCUACAAGCCCGAAACCUUGCACCCAGAGACAACAAUGGAUAUUCAGACCCUUUUGUUAAGGUGUAUCUUCUGCCAGGAAGAGGACAAGUCAUGGUUGUCCAGAACGCAAGUGCUGAAAAUAAAAGAAGAACUAAAUAUGUGCAGAAGACCCAGAACCCUGAGUGGAACCAGACUGUCAUCUAUAAGAACAUUCACCUUGAGCAGCUGAAAAGAAAAACCCUUGAGGUGACAGUAUGGGACUAUGCCAAAUAUUCCUCCAAUGAUUUCUUAGGAGAGGUGCUUAUAGAUCUGUCCAACACCGCUCAGUUGGACAACAUGCCUCGCUGGCACCCUUUAAAGGAACAAAGUGAAAGCAUCCACCAUGGAAGGGGACAGCUACCACAUGGAGGAGGCGGAGGAUCCGGUGGCCAAGGAGGACAAGGAGGCCAUGGAGGUCAGGGAGGCCCUGGAGGAUCAGGUGGACCUGGGGGCACAGGAGGGCAACCAAGCAGCGAACAAUCACCCAAAACCUCUGUGAUCAAGAGCAGAAGUCAUGGCAUCUUCCCUGACCCUGCUAAAGAUACUCAGGCCCCCACUAUUGAGAAAUCCCAUAGUAGCCCAGGCAGCUCAAAAUCCUCAUCUGAGAGUCAUCUGCGUUCACAUGGCCCCUCUCGCAGUCAGAGCAAGAGCAGCGUUACUCAGGCUCACCUCGAGGAUGCUGGGAACGCCAUCGCUGCUGCCGAGGCCGCAGUGCAGCAAGCCCGCCUCCAGCCAAACAGAUCAGGACACAUGCAAAAUGAUGGAGAUGGGUACACCCUGGACAGCGAGGAUGGCACAGGCACUAAUACAGUGGACAGUGCUAUCUUUCAGGUGCCUCAGCUGAAGACGAUUCCUAAUGGUUUGGAUUUGAGAGGCUCAGACUCUCUGAAGAAUCUGCAUGACUCUGACAGUAAGAACAAUAUGAUUGGAGAGAUUAAGGUGGCACUGAAGAAAGAGAUGAAGACCGAAGGAGAACAGCUGGUUCUUGAAAUUCUGCAGUGCAGGAAUAUUACUUACAAGUUCAAAUCUCCAGAUCAUCUGCCUGAUUUGUAUGUGAAGCUCUAUGUGGUUAACGUGGCCACACAGAAGCGCAUCAUAAAGAAAAAGACGAGAGUGUGCCGCCAUGACAGAGAGCCUUCCUUCAAUGAGACGUUUCGCUUCAGUCUCAACCCGGCCGGUCACUCCAUUCAGCUGUUCCUGGUGUCUAAUGGAGGGAAGUUUGUGAAGAAGACACUGAUUGGUGAAGCUUACAUCUGGUUGGACAAAGUGGACAUGCGGAAGAGAGCGGUGAGCUGGCACAAAUUAGUAGCCAGUUCUCCUCAUACGCAGCCCUGAUUCAUACCGUCCAGUGCAGAAAUAAAUGACCAUGAUGGAAAAAAAGGAAGAUAGUGGAAGAUUUCAGUAAUAACUAAUGUCAUGAUCAAACCUUAUUUACAACUGCAUACUAAACGUUACUGAAAUCCAGACCCUCAGUCAAAUGAGUUUGAAAACUCAUUGAAAUCUCAGCUGUUGCAAUUAAUGUACAGAACAUUUAUACAUGAAUGCAUAAGGUCAAAGUAAGCAAAAAAAUAUUUAAAGAGAAAUCAGUAGCAACAUUUCUGAUCUUAUCAGAAAAUAUAACCACCUCCUUCCCUCGCAGUCCACUGUAUAGUUUAUAUGAUUAAAUUGAUCAUAUCAGAUUAUGUUAUGUACAUAAUGAAAAAAUGUAUGAAACUUUAUCAUAUCUUUAUUAAGCACACAUUCUUCACGAUACUCUGUCAAUACUGUCAUAUUCAGUGUCACAUCAACAUUUUGGGAAACUUUUCAUCUGAUUUUUUUUAUGCAGUAUUUCAUUUUGUCUGUGGAAAAAUGUGCUGUCAGAGGUGGUAUGAUUUCAUUCCUUCAAAAGGCUACAGUAGUGAGAAAAGAAGCACUGCUAGUUUUAUUUCAUAUUUCGAUCACCUCUGUUGAACAUGAACUAUGUUCUUCAAAGAGUCUUGAGUGCUCUGAAAAGUCGUAGCGACAACAAAAUUGAAUCAAAUACAGAGAAUGAUUGUACGUGUGCGUAUUUUUUGAAAGCAUCAAAAUAAUUGUCAUGUAACUGUUCUGAUGUCAACAGUGAUUCCUGUUUUGUGAUAAUGUUCUGUGUUUAAACAAAUAUGCAAUGAAAAAAGGGACGAAAAAAAAAAUCUGAAUUGGUUCAGCUGAAAUCGGGUCACUGUUUCUGUUUAUUUCAAAUGGUGCAAGGUGUCUGUAUAAACGAGUGUCACUGUGCUACAGUUUAAUGCUGUUACAUUUUUUUUUUAUUUGGCUUUAAAAAUGAAUAAUUGUUGCUGCUCAUUUCAUUUUUAGUAGCAGAGAAUCAAACAUAUUCACUGCCUGCACCAUAUCAGUGUAAAAGGUGUGUAAACAGUACAUUUGCCUGUGCUCAAACACCAGACAGUGUGGCCAUGGGUUAAAGUUCUAAAAAUGAAGAAUCAUUACAUAAACACACAGAUCUUCAUAAAUCAACAGCAGUCAGUGUUUCCAUAUCGGUGUCAGUGGAUUUUUUUUUUUUAUACAUGCGUAAAAAGGAUCUUUACCGAUUCUUUAACGAUGAUAUUCAGAGCAUUUUGUAAGGACAGUGUACAGAUAAGAAAGAAGAAAUGUUCAUGUGGUGACUGGGUUGCUGUCACAGUGAAGUAAUCUACGUGCCAACCUAAUGUCCAAACCAAAUCCACUGCUUCAGUUUGGGUAUUUCUAUGCAACAUGAAUUAUGCCUGGAUGCAUUUCUUCAGAAUUUGAAUAUAAAUAUAUAUAUAUAUGAAAAUCUUUUAAACAUAAUUUUACUUUUCAUUUUACUUCUGAUGAAGGUAUAUAAAUAUAUAUGUAAAAAAAAAAAAAAACUUUUAAAAGUAAACAUUUUAAAAAUAUGCACUUUAGUUAAAUUCCUGUUCCAGUGUGUUGGAUUUUCAUUAUGACUAUGAAAGUUAUGACUAUUGCUACAUGGAAUACAGUGACCCAUGAAUUGUCCUGGAAUAAAAAGUCAUUGCUUAAUCUAAAAUCUAAACUAAAAAAAAAAAAAGAAUUAGCCUUGUUGGCGCUCUUCAGAAUAUGAGAGCCCAAGUUUAUUCAAUCUCAUCGAAUCAAAUGAAUAUUAUUGUUUUUUACGUCUAUAGCAUUCCACCUCGAACAGUGCUGUGUAUCUGGAUUUCAAUCAAAAGCUGUGUCCCCUUUAAAUAAUGACUGAAAAAUGGCUGUUGUCUCCUCUCUGUUGUGUCAGUGUAAUGUCCGCCUGGUUUGUUAUGCUGUAUUCCUGGGAAUUAACACAACGAGUCUGAUGUGUUCAGUUGCAGUAAAUGGUGUGAAUGUGAUUUGAUUAUUUUUGAUUAUGUAAAUACAUAAGAUAUUUUCUAUAAGAAAAGGUUUGAAUAUUUAUUUGGUUUGACACUGAGCAUGUGCGUGUGAACUCAAGGUCAAAGUCCUGUCUGUACAUAUGUAUUUGUCUAAAUAUGUAAGCAAGUGAAUCCAUGUGAUUAUCUGGAUGAUGUCAAUCAACCCACAUCAAUCUCUCUAAUGAACUCUGUGAAAUCUCACGCAAUCAAGAUAAUGAGGUGAAAAAAAAGUGCACACAAUUAUCAAUGGAAUUUCUAUGGUUUUACAUGGAUGUUGCAUGUUCUGCUAGGUGUCUGUUGAUAUUUUUGCCUACAGAUUCUGUUUAAAAAAGGAAAAACGAGUACCUUUAUCUGAAACAUGUAUGCUGACUGUAAAAUGCUUGUAAAAUGAGUCUUGUUUUUUUCCACUUGUAAAAAAGAGAAAUUUAAUGUCAUGGUUUUAUGGUUGUCCAUAGGAUGUCAUGAAAUUAUGCAAAUU